AUGGAUUUUAGAUCGAACAACCAUUCUCCAUUCUGCAUUAACUUUCAUCGAAGGCAGCUUAGUGUUUGUCCACAAAAGAAAGAGCCAAUGACAACGAGAAAGGGGAGAAAACGGACGAUGAUUUGUGUCCUUUUAUUUGCGUUGGCAUUCAGUGCAAGUAGCGUCGAAGCGUUUGCUUUUCCCACGCACAGCUUAUCGACAACAAGAGCCACGAACAGUCAUGUGUGGCUGUCCAAUGCACCAGACGGUGCGUCCACUCAUUCCGCUACAGCUCCCGCUACCAAACAGACAGGCAUGAUAGAGAUCGAAUCUCAUGCCGAUUGGAUGGAAUUGUUGUUUGAGUCAGAGUCCGAAUCCUCCAUUACCGCUGUGUUCUUUCAUGCUACUUGGUGCAAGUUUUGCCAACGAUUCCGUCUCCGAUGGAAUCGUCAGCUACGGCUAUGCAGCACGACACCAUCAAAGGCAACGUUUGCCUCGGUGGAGUACAGCGCCAAUCGAAAGUUGUGUCAAUCUCUGCAGGUUGAACAUUUCCCAACGAUCCAAUUUUAUUACCAGGGCGACCUGCUGCAUUCUGCUUCGUGUUCUCCGAAAGGAUUCUCCGGUGUGAAGCAGAGACUGGAGCGUUACUUGGAUAUGGAUCCAGCACAGUUAGAACAAGAAGUAGAAGGUUGGGCCAGUCAAAGCAAUGUCCUGUUGCCUUGA